CCCCCCAUAUCCGUGCGCCGAGCUGAUAAAGGCGCCAUUUUGGAGGGGCCGCGGGAGACGUGGUGUCGCGGCGGGCUCGCUCUGCCGUUCGCUAGGCUUGGUGGGAAGGCCUGUUCUCGAGUCCGCGCUUUUCGUCGCCGCCAUGUCGGGAGGUGGUGUGAUUCGUGGCCCGGCAGGGAACAACGACUGCCGCAUCUACGUAGGGAACUUACCUCCAGACAUCCGAACCAAGGACAUUGAGGACGUGUUCUACAAAUACGGUGCUAUCCGCGACAUCGACCUGAAGAAUCGCCGCGGAGGACCGCCCUUCGCCUUCGUUGAGUUCGAGGACCCGCGGGAUGCGGAAGACGCGGUGUACGGUCGCGACGGCUAUGAUUACGAUGGAUAUCGUCUGCGGGUGGAGUUUCCUCGAAGCGGCCGUGGUACAGGCCGAGGCGGCGGCGGGGGUGGAGGUGGCGGGGCUCCCCGGGGCCGCUAUGGCCCCCCUUCCAGGCGUUCUGAAAAUAGAGUGGUUGUCUCUGGACUGCCUCCAAGUGGAAGCUGGCAGGAUUUAAAGGAUCACAUGCGUGAAGCAGGUGAUGUAUGUUAUGCUGAUGUUUACCGAGAUGGCACUGGUGUCGUGGAGUUUGUACGGAAAGAAGAUAUGACCUAUGCAGUUCGAAAACUGGAUAACACUAAGUUUAGAUCUCAUGAGGGAGAAACUGCCUACAUCCGGGUUAAAGUUGAUGGGCCCAGAAGUCCAAGUUAUGGAAGAUCUCGAUCUCGAAGCCGUAGUCGUAGCAGAAGCCGUAGCAGAAGCAACAGCAGGAGUCGAAGUUAUUCCCCAAGGAGAAGCAGAGGAUCACCACGCUAUUCUCCCCGUCAUAGCAGAUCUCGCUCUCGUACAUAAGAUGAUUGGUGACACUUUUUUGUAGAACCCAUGUUGUAUACAGUUUUCCUUUAUUCAGUACAAUCUUUUCAUUUUUUAAUUCAAACUGUUUUGUUCAGAAUGGGCUAAAGUGUUGAAUUGCAUUCUUGUGUAAUACCCCUUGCUCCUAACAUCUACAUUCCCCUCAUGUUGAUAAAUUGUAUUUUAAGUGAUGUCAUAGCCAGGAUUGUUUAAAUUUAGUUAACUCUCCAUGCUCUUCAGACUGUGAUAUUGUGUAAAUGUCUAUUCUGCUCUGGUUUGUGUGAACUGGGAUGUUGGGGGUGUUUGUGGUUAUCUUACCUGGGGAAGUUCUUAUGUUUAUCUUGCUUUUCAUGUGUCUUUCUGUAGACAUAUCUGAAGAGAUGGAUUAAGAAUGCUUUGGAUUAAGGAUUGUGGAGCACAUUUCAAUCAUUUUAGGAUUGUCAAAAGGAGGAUUGAGGAGGAUCAGAUCAAUAAUGGAGGCAAUGGUAUGACUCCAAGUGCUAUUGUCACAGAUGAAAUUGGCAGUAUUGACCUUAUACUAAAAGGCAAGGGUUUAAAUUGAUUAUAUAUACAUCUACCAUAAAACACUUGUAAGCAUCUUAUGCAGUUACCUUUAGCUACAAUUGCUUUGCUCUUUAAACCUUGGCAAUUGUGGCAAAAUUACAUUGCCCAUUUUGUAACUAUUUUGCUCCCUUCCCUUUUUUGUUUUAAUAGGGACUAAUGUGGGAAGAACUGGCUAAUUUGUCAUAAUGCUUAGUUACAACUGUUAAUGUGUGACCUGCUGUUGGUGUACAUGUGGGUACAGGGUGUCUUUAAUUCCAACCAGAUAGAGUAUAAUAUCAAUACUGCUAAAUCUGCAUGUCCUCUGUGUGACUGAUAUAGCGUUGCUACUUCAUUUUUUAAAGACAAAAUGAAAGGAAAAUAUAGAAUUCCAACAUAUUGGUGUAGAUAAUCUAGUUGGGAAUAGUUUUAAGUCUCACCUUCCCCUUUAAACUAGUAUUCAUAAUUGACUCAUGUUUAAAAUACUUUAAUUUACAAAUUAAAUUACAAAUGGGAGCGUUAGAUUUAGUUUAGACUUAGGGGGGUAGCAGUACCAGUAAACUUUUCAACUACUUAACUUUUUGCAACCACAAAACCUGUAAUACGCUGUACAGUAACAAGUGUUGGCAUUAUCAGUUGAACUGUAAAUAUAAAAUGCUUCUUCCAAUUAGUCUCUAUGAUGAUUAAGUUUCUAAAAUUUAUCAGAACACCAUUCAGAAACUUGUUUUGGGGAAUUUGAUAGUUAUUGAUGUACAUCUGUUAAACUGAUGACAGACAUAACUCAUCAUUCCCCAGAAACCUUUUUUGAUUACAGUAUCUAACAUUUUGCCUCCUCUUUUUUGGUUUUGCUGGUUAUAAAGGUUUGGAUUGGAGAGGGCUCACUGGAUCCCAAUCCUUGGAGCUGGAUCAUUGGAUUCAAAUCAUAAUGUGGAUAGGAUAGGGAGGAUGAAUUACAAGGAUUCAUGGAGCGGGAUCAGAUUACCAGGAACAUAGGAGUGGAUUCCUGCCCCAACCAAACCGCAUUCGUGUGGAUUUUUUUUUUUUUUUUAUUCAACUUAAUUGGCUAUUCCAAAGAAUUUUUUUUUUCCUAUUUUUGACGAUUGGAGCCCUUAAGAUGCACGAUGGAAUUGUGUUUUGCAUUUUUGGUAAAAGGAGCAAAGCGAGGACCUGGAGAUAUACGCUGGAGCAAUCUCCUUGGAAGGAUUCAGCACGAGUAGAUGGUAAACAUUUAAAGGGGAAAGGGGGGGUUUGUUUAAAAUAGUAAAUCAGUAAGUCACUUCUAAAUUUAAAGAAAACAAAAUUGGAGUUGAAGAAUAAGUAGGUUUCCAAUUGGCUGUUGCCGUUUUUCUUUGAAAAAAAUAAACAUUUUUUAAAAAACUA